AUGAUCUCUGCUAGUACCGCUCCGCUACCCCGAACAGCACCUGCCCACUCCAGUUCAAGCCUUUCUACAGGUCCUCCAGGUCCUCCAUCAGAUCCAGGAGCAGCUGGAGGCUUUUCAGAAGCUCGCCCGCGGCGUGCUGAAACUGCACAAUGCAGCAUACCAAACUUCCAAAGGCAGGAAGCACUGCCCCCAAACAGUCUGCCAACGGGUCCCCAUGGAGACAUGCAUGGGGCGCGUGGGCGAAAGAGGGACAGUGAAGCAGGCGACGCGUACAAAACAUGCAGUGCAUGCAGUCCAAAGAGGGAAGGAGACUUGGGCGGCGUUAUUCAGGAAUACCAAAAGGAGAAUCUAGAUGCCCAGAGCUACUCUUCUUUUGUGCUUACCGAGUGCCCAGCAUUGGAACCGACGGAAGCGUUUCAACAGCUGCGGAAACCGCCUAUUUUGCGAGCUGCUUUCUUCAGAGGUGCUGCGAAGUUGUCCGCAGAAACCGAUCGCAUAUUUGUGCUCCUUUGGCGGGCAUUCAUGUUCAGAUUCAGGUACCCAAUCAUGACCCUCAUAGGCCUCCUAGUUCCAGUUGCUCUCGUGGCAUCCGCAUGCACCAUCCUUGCCCACUAUCAAGACGUUGAGUUAAACUAUGUACCAACCAACAUGACGGCUCGCCGACACAUGGUCUGCAACUUCGCUGCAUACAUAAACAGAACCCGGGUCGUGAAAGUGGACAGCAAUCUGUGUAUGCCUCCAUCGAAUAUGAUGGGUUCAUUCGGCCGCCGAUACGACGGCCUGCACAUGAUGUAUUUGCCACUUGUGCUCCACUACGGAGGCUUUCUGGCCUUCGUAGACAAGGGGGGCUCAGACUGCCAGCAGCUCCGCCUCUUCAUGGAAAAGUUUGCCGAAACAGUGUCCCCAUACCUUAUGAGACGGACCACCGCGGAGGAUCUGUUCAUCACGUUUCCUUCGGAGAAAGCGCUAGACAAAUACCGCCGGGCAGCUGCAGCUGAAAAAAAACGGCCGAUUCAUUCAGCGUUCAUCUGCAGAGCCACAGCGCCAGGACAACUGGACGUGACAAUACGUAUGCACGUGCGCAGGGGAACGCCUCGCUCUUUUGCGAAUGACGCGAUAAAGUUUCUGCGGAGGCACUAUACGAGUUACAACUCCACGACCUAUUUUGGGGGGGCCAGCUUUCUCUUGCACACGGAUGUGGUUGGGACUCCCGACGAAGGGGAACCCUACGGCCAUCUGACAGGGGGAUUCUUGGACCUUUUGACUCUGGCUCAUGUCUUCAAUAUGGAUCGAACUAAAGUCCGCGAGCUCCCUGAACACUCCCCAGUUUCGCAGGACUUUCAGUCCCAGUGGGAGCGGAUAUCCGAGGCCUUUUACAGGAUGUUUCAUUACUUCGGCCGAAUCCCCGUGAUCGACAGCGUCGCAUUAUCAAGGAACCGAAGAGGACUAGUUAAUUCGUUUGUCAGGGAUGCCGAGCGUCACUUGUCAGAGAUGUUGGCCCUUGUUAUUUGCAUUUCAGCUGCGAACGGUCAAGCGGACCCACCAGGUUUAUCUCACGUGUACCGGCACUUGCUGCCUGCGUGGGUGCUGGGCCCUGGAUACGGCGUAGUCCGUCUGUUUACGCGAAGAGCAGCAGCGUCGGGGUGUGACCCUUCGUCAUCGUCUAUGCAAUUACUGGAGAAAGUGUUCUACUCCCGCACCCAGAAAAUGGGACUCGGCUUGAUUAUGGCGGCAGUCGGCCCGCUCCAGGCUAUCCUGCGAAAUGUCAGUGCCCCUGUGCGUCGGGCGUACAGUCCCGUCAACUUUUUGGAAACGGCAAUGCCUUUUGUUCCCGCAACUGUAAUAUCGCGCUCUGAAAAACCCCAUUCUUGUGCUGCACCCUUCGUCGUUUUGUUCGUCUGCAUUCUUUGGCAAGUAGUGAAGGCGAUUAUGGUCGACAAAGAAACGGGAUUCAAAAACAUGCUUAAGAUCUUGGGGAUAUCGGAUAGAGUAUUGUGGACAUCGUGGUAUCUGUUUUUCACUCUCUACAACUUGCCUACGCUUGUAGCGGUUGCAUAUAUUUCGCAUUAUUUUGCUUUCCAGCUGAGCGAUAUUUGGUUUAUCAUUUUUCUAUUUAUGCUUGGGCUGGUCGCCUCCAUUUCCUUUGCCCUGUUCGUCACCGCGUUGUUUAUGGACGGGAACCUUGCAGCCAUGGCUGCGUGUGCGUGGUACGUUCUAAUAUGGGUACCCGUUGUUUGCCAACGAUUUGGCAGUGCUGCUUGGGACCCACACUUGCAACGACUCUUCAUGGCUAUUUGCCCUGCAGCGGCACUCGGCGUGGGAAUAGACAUUGCGUGGAAUUUCAACGAGCCGUACAUUGGCGGCAUUCGCAGCAGUACAAUUAAUACCUCUUCUCUCGGCAUUACACUGGCGGACACUUACAUUACUUUGGGCAUAAGCAUAGUUCUCUUCACGUGCCUCGGCGCCUACCUGCACAAGGUCAAGCCAACGUCUAGUGGAAGCCCCGCCCACCCUCUCUUUUUCCUGUUCCCCAUUUUAAGUUGCAUUCGCCGGCCGUGCACUUUGUGUUCUCGAAGAAAGCAGCCGAAGGACUCACAAGAACUCCAAGAGGCUUCGGCAGGCCCCUUCUGCGGAGAAAACAGGGGAGGGGAAAAUGACGGCAAGCCCCUCCUGGAGGUUCGCAGCGUGCACAAGAAGUUCCGUACGUGGCAGACGAAGAAAUGUUCCCGAGGUUCUGUCAAGGCAGUUAGAGGGGUUUCUUUUUCGGUGUAUCGCAACGAGAUAUUCGGUCUGCUAGGACAGAAUGGGGCGGGGAAGUCGACGCUGAUUUCUGUCAUCACGGGGUCGCUUGCUGCAACUAGCGGAGAUGUCCUCAUAGACGGAGUAUCCGUGAAGCAGUAUCCUUCCCUUGCACGAUGCAAUAUCGGGUACUGCCCUCAAUUUGACGUUUUGCUUCCCUAUUUAACCAUUGAAGAGACCCUCUGGCUCUAUGCAGCUCUCCGUGGUAUUCCGAGGAGGCGCCGGAAAGAGGAGGUUGCAGAACUCAUGAACAUGAUGAAGCUCUCGGAAAUGGCUAAGGUGCAGGUGGUCGCACUCAGUGGAGGCUGGCGAAGACGCGUGAGCAGCUCUGUUGCAUUCCUCGGCGAUCCAACAAUUGUCUUUCUCGACGAACCCACCGCAGGUAUGGAUAUUCUCUAUCGCCGAACAUUCUGGGACUCUGUCCGCGGGUUAAGCAAGGGUCGCUGCAUUGUGCUGAUUACGCACAUGAUGGAAGAGGCUGACUACCUGUGUGACCGCUUGGCUAUAAUGGUUGACGGUGUUAUUACAUCUGAGGGGACGGCACUGAGUUUAAAAUCAAGGUUUGGCAGCGGCUAUAUUAUUUCCGUCAUACUCCUCAAGCAGGCCGAACCAGAGGUGCAGCAGGCAAAUAAGAAACUGCGGCAGUUGCUUCAAACGUUCGAACAUCCCCCUGCAAUCACAGAAAUCUCCAGACAUGAGCUGCGAAUCGUUUGUCCAUUUAGUCACUCCUUUCAGCUACCACGUCUUUUUUCCGAGUUGGAAAUAAAUGCUAACUACUACGGAGUCGAGUGCGCUGUCCUCGGUUUUGCUUCUCUUGAAGAGGUUUUCCUAAAUGUAGUGAAACUUGCUGCUAGAGGUGGGGCGUCGGAGUCGACAGGAGCAGACGAAGCAACCAAUCCCAACAGACUCUCUCUAGCUAACAAUGCAGCGCAAAACGGAGUUGAGCUCAACCCACCGGUGGGAAGUGCAAAUGGCCGCUGCUCGAGUUCGUCGCGCAGAGUUUCUGCAACCCUACGACGAGCAGCCGUUGAUCCUGCAGAGUGUGCAGAUCAUGUGGCCGCCACUGCUCCUCAGCCUCUGGCCCUAAGAUGCACAGACAGCGGAUUCGAGUCGUGCGAAAGCAAACAAGCUGGAGGGGCUCCGAGAAGCUCUUCAUCUGCAUCUGCCAUUCCAAGCGACCCAAAUGCCAUCCCUCAUUCUUCCGCUUGUGGUUCCAGCUGGCUGGCCGCCCACCAGAAACGCGGGCGGGCUAGAAGAGGACUGCUAUGGCAGCUUGCAGUGCUUCGUGCAUUAGUUGCAAAACGCAUUCGCCUUCUUUACCGCGACUGGGCUCUUGUGACGGUUUCCUUCCUUAUUCCGCUUCUCCUAAUGGGGUUGACCCUGUACCUGCGAUCUGCGAAGUCAGAGCCGCGGGUUCCCUUAACUGGACAACAACUGUUUGAAUACCGACUGCCAAAAGGCAUUCAUUCGGAGGUGCCGUAUGGAGGGGCAGGGUGGAUAUUAGGGGCUCUUGACGACUGCUACUCUCCCUUUAUGACUCACAACAACGUCUCUGAACAUGUGAAGGACAACAAUGAUAUGUACGGAUUCCUUCUGGACGGCUACUUUGGCCCACAUGAUCCUCGCUUUGGUGCUUACGUGGCUCCCCCAGGCCAGGCAGAUAUAUCUGAUGAAACCAGCCAGUUAGAAGUAACCAUCUGGCACAACUCCACCUUCCGCGACUCCAUACCUUUGCACUACAGUCAUCUCCUAAACUGCAUAGCACAACAGCGCACAGGAAUGACGGACUCCGUUUUUGUCAGCAAUCAACCAUUCGAAGACACUGACGACAAGUCUAUGGAUGGUCUAGUGGUUGGCUUCUUUACUGUAAUUGCAUACUCAUUCGUUGCUGCCGGCGUGGGGAAGGUCUGCAUAGUGGAGAGGGUGCGGAAAGUUCGCCAUCAACAGAUUCUUGCCCAGGUCACUCCUUUUCAGUACUGGAUAUCGAGCUACGUGGUGGACAUGGUUCUCCUCCUUCUUCCCUGUUCCCUCAUUUUCGGCAUGAUGCUUUGGGUUGACAUUACGCCCCUCGUGGGGCCUCACCAGCGUGGUGCCUUCCUUCUUGGCACCGCAUUAUUUUGUUUUUCGGUUUGUCCGUUAGGAUAUGCUAUUUCAAUGGGUCUCGAUUCCGCAAUGACCUUUGUCAUUGUUAUGCUGCUCCUGGGGUGGUCUCUCCCCUCCAUUCAAGCUCUCUUUACGGAGGUCAGCGGGCUGCAAGGCAUGUACAACCAGUACCUCCGAUACGCCUUCAUGCUGCUUCCCCAUGCUGCUCUCUGUGAGCUGUUGACCAACCUCGCCAUGAUGAAUCAGCUUGUUGGUGGCAAGAUGCAGGCGGAGGAGUUGGUGAAUUGGAUGGAGUUCUCAAAGACAGGAUGCCCUCUGCUGUAUUUAGGCUUGACGAUUCUGCUGAACUGGAUGGAGGAAGAGAUGAAGGCAGGUAAAGCAGUUCAGCAACUGCGACGCCGUUUUCAACACCGCGACUUAAGCCUCUCUUCCGGCAGUCAUAUAGACAGCGAGGAUGCGGGCAGAGACGUAGAGGAAAGUCAAAAUCCGUCUUCUCUCGGCUUACCGUACUGCGCAACCGAUGGAGUUGAACUGCCUUUAGUCGUGCACAGACUCGAGAAGACCUACCCGCCUCCCAUAAUGCAACGCUGCCUCUGCUGUUGUUGCCCGCAAACUCGGAGCAGCUGUUGGCCAUUCUGCCUCUCCUGCAAGAGGCCACAACCAACUAGGGCGCUGAAAGGCGUUUCCUUUUGUGUGCCUCGAGGCAAGUGUUUUGCAUAUAUUGGUGUAAAUGGUUCCGGAAAGACUACAACAUUCAACAUCGUCGGUAGUCUGAUGUCUCAGACUGCUGGCUCUGUUUUCAUUGGUGGAUACGACGCUCUCCUUCAAACAGAGAAGGCACGAGCUAAGCUGCGUUACUGCCCACAGUCAGACGCUCUCUUGCCUACCCUGACUGGCGCAGAGCACAUCUAUCUUUACGGGUGUCUGCUGGGCUUGCGACGUCACCAGCUACGGGAUUUCUGUUCGGACUUCUUCAACGUAAUUGGGUGCAGCAAGUAUAUGCACACCUUGGUCAAGUCAUACUCUGGGGGAACGAAGCGCAAGCUUAGCCUGGGUAUAGCCAUGUUGGGAAAAGUUGAUUUAUUGCUGUUAGAUGAGCCGACGAGUGGAGUGGACCCAGAAAGCAGACAAGUCUUGUGGCGCAUGAUUGAAAACGCGAAAAACUGUCAGACUUCAGGCAAAGCAAUCGUCCUCACCUCGCACUCCAUGGAAGAAUGCGAAGUUCUGGGCGACCGCGUGGGGAUAAUUCACAAGGGGAGUAUGUUGUGCGUAGGCACUCCUGCAGAGCUACGCUCAACAUACGGUCACGGCUACCAAAUUGAAUGCGUCUUCGUUGCUGCUUCUGUUUCCCAAGACCCCUCAUUGCCUCGCCGUUUUAUUUCAGCUCUACAAAAAACACUGCCUACUCUCCGCGUUCUCCACCGCAUGGCGUACAAAGUCACAGCAUCCGUGGCUAAGGGCGCCGUCUCCCUUGCCACGAUAUUCUGCGAAGUAGAAGCGGCAAAGGCUCCGUUUGCUUUAGAGGCGUACGUCGUCUCGGAAACGACUUUGGAAGAAGUGUUUGUUGAAGUCAGCCUCCGGGCUGAUGGGAAAGCGCAGACCUUGAGACUUCGCCUUCCACCUCAAUUUGGAGGGAUAUGGCGCGCCGGGCCAGUGAGAUCGGAUGAGGAUAGAUUGGAUGAAGGGGUAUUACAACAAACAGAUACAAUAUCCAAUAUGUCGGGUCCUCCCUUCGGCCUGUCGUCUCAACGCCGAAAGGAGCUACAGGUGGCUUUCCACGCAUUUGAUAAAGAUAAGACGGGGAAACUUGACGUAAAUGAAAUGAAAUAUCUUCUCAAGUCCAUUGGAGUCUGUCUGUCAAGAAGAGAACAAAAGGCGCUGGAAGCGGAGUUCGCGGAUAGGGGGGAGUUUGACUUUGAAGACCUCCUGACCAUUGGUCAGGUAGUUUACAACGACGUUGCAAUUGAAAGGGCCCUCGUCUUGGCACUCAGAAAAUUAACUCCUAAAGGAGCAAAGACAGUUUCUAGAACAGUCCUAAGGGACAUGCUGCUAAACUUGGGCAUGGGAGUUAAACUUACAGAAGAGCAGGUGGAUAUGUUCCUAGACAUCUGCUGCAGCGAGGACGGAAAGCGAAGGUCCUACGCGACUGAUGUAAAGGGGACGGGAGGAGUUGCAGCAGUUAUUACACUGUAUUGA